AUGCAGUCAAGCCAAAGUAUCAACGAGCCAAUCAGCAGCCAGUCCGCUGGGGGCGACACUCCGUUAUUUAGCUGUCAAAUAUAUAAUUCGUACAAGUGCAAUUGUGUUUUUGGGGGUGAUUACGAUAAAUACGCUCAACGAGUAUCGGAUUUUUUUGACGAUUUGUUAAAGUGCAAUGCUGUACCAUUAGUUUUGAUCGAUGGUGGUUGCGAGGAUAAGAAACUGCAAACAGUUAUAUCUAGAACUAGAGAAAAGGAAGUUUUCAACGAUGUUACGAGAAAGAAGAAUGUUCGUCAUGUGCAAUGCUUAUUCGAAGCUGAUAAUGCUAUAGCUACUGUAGCAAGGGUAUUGAAUUGUCCUGUAUUGAGUUAUGAUUCAGAUUUGUAUGUGUUUGGGACAUUGUACAUACCAUUUGAUACAUUGGACAAUUACACGGUGAAAAGUUCAACUGGAAAUAGUUACACAAAAUGUUGUAAAAUUUAUAAAGUUGAACACUUAUUAAAUUCUUAUAGAGGUUUAAGUCAAUCUACACUGCCAUUAGCUGCAAUAAUACUAGGCAAUGAUUAUGUAAAACGUGGUACAUUUAGAAACUUCUUUCGUUAUUUAAAGUUACGACGAAUAACAAGAAAAAGGUAUAGUAAUCGACAGUAUUGUAUAGAAGCAACUUUACAAUGUUUGAGCGGAUUUUACACCUUGGACAAAGCAGUCAUUGGAAUACUAUGUAGAUCACCUAAAACCGAAUAUGCAGCUCGUGCCACAACACAUUCCAUAAACAGAAUUUUUAAAUUUGAUGGAGAUGUUAAUAGUCUAAUGUACAUGGAAGAAACUGAUAAAAAUGGAGACUUUGAAUCAUCCGAAGAAGAAGAAGAAGAAGAGGAAGAAGACGAAGUUGAAAUAUUAGACAUGCUUAAAGGGGUCAGAAUCUGCUACCACUAAUGCACUAGCUAAUGUACCUAAUUUGUUUGUAGAUGAAUUUCUUAUGGGCAAUUAUCCUGCAUAUUUUAUGGACUUGUUGGUUCGACGUUUAUAUAUUUGUCCUGUACAAAUAGAGGAUUAUUCCUAUCCAUUGAGCAAUGUAAUAAGUUUAAAAAUUAUUAGAGUUAUAUAUGCAUUUCUGCAAUCAGGAACGAAUAGAAGGAGAGGUUUCAUGAAAUACAUGAUGAGAGACUGUAAUAAAAAGCUUAAAUGUUACGAACCAGAAGGCACUGACACUAAAUUUUCUUCCCCAUUACUGUCCCUAUCUAAUCUUAGAGAAGUACCAUUAACGAGUCCAGGAUUAAAAAAUAAUGUACAAACAUGCGUCAUUGAUUUUUCAUUACCAUUUGAAUUUAAA